UUACCGUACCAAAAGUCAAUAAUUAUCAAAACCGACGUUCUCCUAAUUUCCUCCCCCCUCCCCUCCCUCCUCCUCCUCCUCCUCCUCCUCCCUCUAAAAGAAACACUUUAGAUUCAGCUUUAAAAUACCCAAUGCGUUGAUAAAUAAUCUGCAACAAGGGUGGAACUUCUGUUGUCAUUAACAUAAAUGGACUCUGAAAGUUUUGGUGAUUAAUUUACCGAAGAUUUUACAUAGAUUUUCAGAAGCAAGAAGAGCUAUUUUAUGCCAAGAAGUUGUUGUAGAAGCCUUGCUUCAUUCCAAAUAGCUAUAUCUUUUGAUAAAUCCCUGAAGGAACUUGUUAAAAAGGACUACCAGUCAGCAGUUAAUGUGUUACUGCCAAAGGGAAUGAGUAUUCAGUUUAGAGCAAAUGGAGGUAAAUUCUGCAAGCUCCCACUCCAAUGAGAAGCGAUCAUCAGAGCAUUCCACAUCCACCAAUGGAGAACAUAUGAACACAGAAAAAGAGAAGAGUACAUCUGUAUUUGUUAAUCAUGCUGCAAUUGCAUGGCACGAGAGCAGAAGAAAGUGGACAGGAAAUCAAUCUCGUCAGCCACAAAGAACGACCAAGGAACCAAUUAUAAGCUGGUCAACAACCUAUGAAGAUUUGCUUUCUACUCAGGAGCCCUUCUCUGAGCCAAUUCCUUUAUCUGAGAUGGUAGAUUUUUUAGUUGAUAUUUGGCAUGAUGAAGGCCUCUUUGAUUAAAUAAUCAAUGACAAUGUUUUAAUUCUAGCGCAAUGGAGACUAAUAGAAGGUAAAGCAUGCAGGAAUUUCUGACAGCCUGAAAAUGCAGCCUGAUUUCUUGUAAUUGAUUCUUCCAUGUAGAAUAUGAUAUGGAAAGGCUUCAAUGUACCUGAAAUUAAUUCCUAUUGGACUAGUUAGGGUUUUUUUUCCAGCUUAUCCUCACGGGGAUUACAGAUCCCAGAUGUAAUUUUACUUUCAUUUGUAACAAACAACUUGUGUAUUUAUUCACUGUGAAAACUAUACUUCUUGGUAGCAUUAGCAUCAGAUACAGAAUGAUGCGCAUCUUUGGAA